AUGCAAAAAUUAGUUGAAUUGGGAAUUGUUUCCCCUCCUGCUAUGCCUCUUAAUAUGUUACGUUUGAUAUAUGAGGCCAAUGUUGGUGUAAGUCAAAUGGAAGCUGAUAUAUCUACAGCGCCAAUAAAUACUAUAUCUAGUAGUGUAAAUACAGAUGUAUCACAAUCAAAUUCUUCAACAUCACCAUCUGUUCCGUUCGCAAGUACAUUAACUACUGGUACUCCAAUAUUAGCUACCGGAUGUUUGUUGCCAGCAACCACAAUAUCAGCAUCAGCUACAGGAAGUAACGAUCAAAUUGGUGCCGGUUUUAAAGAUCCAUUUCUCAAUGAACUGAGAGCACCAAUAGAGAGAAUUAGACUAUUACUCAAGGCCACAAAACGUUUGCGAACAAAACAGCCUAGACAACGGUUACCUAUUACAUUUGAAAUAUUAAGGGAAAUCUGUCAGCGAUUAAGAAACGGUGAAUUGUUCCCGGAUAAAUUCGAUUCUAACUCAAACUUAACUGCAUCCAACGUAAAUUUACUAGCGAAUCAACAAGCAGUGACAGUGAUGUUGAGAACAUCAAAAACGGACCCCCUCUAG